AUGUCUACCCAACAGCUUCCACUUCGUGGAUCAAGUAAAGCUCCAUCAUGGACAUGGAGAGGGGCUGAAGACAACAUCAUUCUGCCCAUAUACUUUGAUGAAGUGGAGCAUACUUGCAAAUCAGUUGGAAUGACAAAAGAUGAAGAAUAUAUUGCAGCAGCAAUCCUAUAUGCUGAUCCAGGAUCAGCAGAACUUUGGAAGAAUAUCCCAGCAGUAAAAGCUGCCAACUGGAAAAACUUUAAGACACAAUGUUACACCUACUAUCCUAAGGCCAAUGUGACUAACUGUUAUUCUUCAGUCCAUCUGGAGCAGGCUGUGCAACAUCUUCAAAAUAUGCCUAUAUACACUCUUGAUGACUUUGGGCGAUAUGAUCGACAUAUCAUGGCAAUAGGCCUUGACUUGAGAAAGGGUCAAAGUCCACUUAUUUCAGCUCAUGAACUCAAUCGGCACUAUAUCAAUGGAAUUCAUCCAAUGCUCAGAGUGCAAAUAGAUCAGCGACUAGCUGUUUUGCAUCCAAAUCAGGAUCCUGCCAUACCUUUUGACUAUGAAAAUGUGAAAACUGCAGCCAAGUAUAUCUUGGAGAGCCAGCGUUCACCAUAUAUAAAUCCAACAAUGAUGUAUCAGGCACCAUUCAUGCCCUAUGGGGUACCCUCACUAGGCUACCCAAAUUCUCUAUCAAUGCCUUAUAUGCCAGCACCAUCUAUACCUCAACAACAGCCCAUUAAUCCUGGAUAUGCAAGUCCACAAGUAUUUGCACAACCUACAUCAUCAAUGGCAGAUGCUGUCAAAGCACUCACAAAUAUGAAUUCUGGUGGACAGCUCAACUCUUAUUAUCCACCAUAUGGAUAUCCUGGCUAUCCCAUGCAACCACCAACAUCAAUGCUACCAUGGGGAGCACCACAGCCAUUGGCCCCAUCUCAACCAGCUACCACUGCUCAGUCUUUCUCUCCUAUGCCAGAAAUUGCUCCUCCUGCUCCACAACCAGCUAUCAAGACUGAGUUUGAGGAGCGGCUGCUUAAACUGGAGAAGCUAGCCACAACUGCACGCAAGUGUGCAUAUGAUGGCUGUGAUAAAAGAUGGAAGGACUGUGACAAUCGCAGAGCAGAUCAGAAAAAAGAGUUAAUUAAAUGGGAUUAUGCAACAAAGAGGACUCUCAUGCCUGAUGGAACAGAAAUCCCCAAAGGGUCUGGGAAUGCCCGUGAUCGAGUACUCAGGUGGCAUGCAGAUCACAAGACAACCACUCCAGUCAUGGUUAAUAUGUUAACAACAGGUGGUGGAGCUACACAGAAGAACACUUCAAUACCUGAAAUAUGCUAUCCACCACAUAUUCCAGCUACCAGUAAGCAAUCAUCCUUCCAGAGCACUAUCACACCAUCACAGUUGACAGGAACUUUGCCUCCUACAGGACCAGUGUCUCAGAUGAUGUAUGCCACAGAUGAUGAAGAGGAAUCUGAUGAUGGAUUUGUCCCUGCUCCAGUCUUUAGACAAUAUAUGCAGCAUCAGGAGGAAGGAAUUCAGAUCCUCAAGCAAUCAUUUGAAGGUGGUAGAAAAACUCGAGCAAAGAAAGGCACCAAUAGCACCUCCAAUACCUCAGGCAAGCCAGAAGAACAAGCUCCUACAUCCAGAAGUAAACAGGGGCAAAUUCCCACUGCAGGAGAAGCACAAGCAUCUACUUCACCUACAGCUGCAACCAAACACAAGGAGAAUGCUCCUGCUGAAGCACCACCCAAACCAAAGGAUACUCGACAAUAUAGACAUGCAGCACCUGUUAUGUCAGAAGGGGUAACAGAGGAUCUAUCAAAGAGAAUCCUCAACACACCAAUCACCCUUACUGUUGGAGAGCUCUGUAGUGAAUCAGCAGGUGUCCGGUCACAAGUAAAAGAUGCACUCACAAACUGCAAGGUACCAAUUGAUUCUAAAGGAAGUGGAGCAGCUGCAGCAGUAGGAAAGGAUGCAGUGCUAGUCAUGACCCUUCAGGAGGGGUAUCAUCAGCAAAUUAUGGUUGCAGACCAAACAGCAGCAUUGAGAGCAUUAACUCCAGUCAUCGAUGGAGCAUAUGAGGUUGAAGCUAUUUUGGAUGAAGGAUGCCAAGUUGUAGCCAUGUCAGCAGCUGUAUGGAAAGAGCUGGCUCUACCACUGGAUCCCUCUAUCACAAUAUCAUUGCAGUCAGCAAAUAAAAACAGUGACCAGUCAAAAGGAAUAUGCCACAAUGUUCCAUUUAACUUUGGUGGCCUAGAAGUCCUUCUCCAGGUUCAUGUAGUCGAAAAUGCUGCAUAUGAUAUCCUAUUGGGAAGGCCAUUCAGCAUACUCACCCAAUCCAAGAUCGACAAUCGUACUACAGGAGAUCAGUUAAUCACUCUCACAGACCCAAAUACAGGGAAGAUGGUUACUCUGCCAACUCAGGAGAGAGGAAACCCACGAUUCACAUGGGAACCAGGUCAUAUAAAAUCCAAUCCUCAUUUUCAUCGAAAACACCCAUCCAAUGAAGCAAAUUUUCCCAAUUGA